UGGGGCGUGGCUUGGCCCGUGGCCCCGCCCUGCGGCAGGGCCGGGACCGCAGCCGGGGGGGGAGUCACGUGACUCGCCCCCCCCGCCCCGCUCCCCCCCACCGGGUCCUGGGGGGAUUUCACCCUUGAGCGCCCGGCGCUGCGCAGACGCCCCCGGACGCAGCGCGACCAGACGGAGGCAGCGGCAGAGGACCUGCCGUCACCACCAUGAUCCCCAACGCCGGUGCCUUCCUCCCCUUCCUCCUCCUCAUCCUGCCAACCACCCCCCAGGAGCCGGAGGGGGCCACGGACGAGCUGGUGGCUCAGACACAGGCAGGGCCGGUGCGGGGGCUGCGCCUGCCCGCGCUGUCCGGCCAUGUCACUGCCUUCCUGGGCAUCCCCUACGCCGAGCCCCCACUUGGCCCCUUGCGCUUCCGGCCCCCGCGGCCCCUCCGGCGGCCAUGGCGCGGCACGCGAGACGCCAGCGCCUACCCCCGGGCCUGCUGGCAGUACGUGGACAAGCUGUACCCCGGCUUCCCUGGCCUGGAGAUGUGGAACCCCAACCGGGAGCUGAGCGAGGACUGCCUGUACCUGAAUGUCUGGGUGCCGUCACCACGGCCCCGCAACGCCUCAGUGCUGGUCUGGAUCUACGGCGGUGGCUUCUACAGUGGCUCAUCCUCACUGGACGUCUAUGAUGGACGGUAUCUGGCACAGGCUGAAGGGCUGGUGCUGGUGUCCAUGAACUACCGCGUGGGUGCCUUGGGCUUCCUGGCAUUGCUGGGCAGCCCUGAGGCCCCGGGCAAUGUAGGGCUGCUGGACCAGCGCUUAGCCCUACAGUGGGUGCAAUCCAACAUCCGCGCCUUCGGCGGGGACCCUAGUGCCAUCACACUCUUCGGGGAAAGUGCUGGAGCUGCCUCGGUGGGCAUGCACCUGCUGUCACCAGCUAGCCGGGCCCUGUUCCACCGUGCUGUGCUGCAGAGUGGGGCCCCCAAUGGGCCCUGGGCCACCAUCAGCCCUGGGGAGAGCCGGCGGCGGGCACUGGAACUGGCGCACCGCGUGGGGUGUCCAGCCGGGGGCAAUGACUCUGAGGUGGUGGCCUGUCUCCGGUCCCGGUCACCCCAGGACCUCAUUGACCAGGAGUGGGGGGUCCUGCCGCAGCCCAGCGUCUUUCGCUUCCCCUUCGUGCCAGUGGUGGAUGGGGAUUUCCUAGCCGACAGCCCCGAGGUGCUGCUCAACGCAGGCAGCUUCGCCGAGAUGCCAGUGCUGGCUGGGGUGGUGCGCGAUGAAGGCAGCUACUUCCUGAUCUAUGGGGCACCAGGGUUCAGCAAGGACAAUGAGAGCCUUAUCACCCGUGAAGAGUUCCUGGGGGGGGUGCGGCUGGGGGUCCCGCAGGCUGGGGAGCUGGCGGCCGAGGCGGUGGUGCUCCAGUACACGGACUGGCGGGACCCUGAGGACCCAGUGAAGAACCGGGAGGCACUGGACGAUGUGGUGGGUGACCACAACGUGGUGUGUCCUGUCACUCUGUUCGCGCAGCGGGCGGCUGAGCGGGGAGCCCCGGUCUUCGCCUACCUCUUCGACCACCGUGCGUCCACGCUGGCCUGGCCAGCCUGGAUGGGCGUCCCUCACGGCUACGAGAUUGAGUUCGUCUUCGGGCUGCCCCUGCAGCCAGCACUCAACUACACAGCAAGCGAGGCUGCCCUCAGCCACCGCAUGAUGCGCUACUGGGGGAACUUUGCCCGCACUGGGGACCCCAACGAUGCAUCGGGACAGGCCGGGCACUGGCCCCCAUACACGGCCACCGGGCAGCGCUAUGUGAGGCUCGACACGGGGCCCCUGGCCGUGGGGCAAGGCCUGCGUGCACAGCUCUGCGCCUUCUGGACCCGCUUCUUGCCCAAACUGCUCAAUGUCACUGACACGCUGGAGGAGGCGGAGCGCCAGUGGCGCGUGGAGUUUCACCGCUGGAGCAACUACAUGCUGCGCUGGAAGAGCCAGUUCGAGCACUACAGCCGGCAGGAGCGCUGCGCCGAGCUGUGAUGCCCCCACGCCCGCCCAUGACCCCCCCCCCGGGCCCACGUGGGGUGAUCCCCCAAACGCUGUCCCCCCCAUAUCAGCUAGGGGGAGGCUCCUACACCACUGCCCGGAUGCCCUAGACCCAUCUAGGGGGCCCCAUACCCGCUCGUGACCCUCCCACAGCCAAGCGAGACCCCCAACUCCAUCUGACGACACCCCCAGCCCAGCCCUCCUCCAGUUGGUGGGGGGCCUUGGAUCCUCCAGACUCAUUCAGGAGCCCCCAAUAUCCACGCGUGAUGCCCCACAACCACACAAGAACCCUUGCUCUAAAGUGCAGAACCCACCAACCAGUGGCAGACGCCUGGCCCCGCCCCCCCCGGACCGCCCUGGGACCCCUGUGUUCACGCGUGACCCUCCCCAGUGCAGCGAGACCCUGGGUCACGUGGGGACCCCCAGCCCUGCCCUAGCCACCGAGAGGCUCCAACACCUGCACCAGACCCCCUCCCCGAUCCAGGGACCCUCCCCCCCAUAUCCACGCGUGACCCGGCCAGUGCUCCUCCCUCUGUAUAUAGUAUUUAAAGGACUUGUGAUAUAUUAGGAGCUAUAAAUAGCCACAACCCCCCACGCGUGACCCCCGUUAUAGUCCCCCCCUCGCACCUCCAGGGCUGCUGGUGCCCCUCACUCCCGACCUGCAGCCCCGGGGUCUCUUGUAAGGGCAGGGAUUCUGCCCCUCUCCACCCACAAACCCGGGUGGGCGCUCAUCGCAGCCCCCUCCCCUCCUCUCCCCACCCCCGCAUGGCCCAGACAUGCCCGCCCCCUCCCCCCCACGUGUGCGUGUGACCCACGGAGCUGCAAAUAAAGGAAUUAACCCCGAGACACGUGUGUCUGCGGGCCGGGAGCGAGGGCACCGCCAGGGCUGGGGGCAAAGGGGUUAAUGGUGGGGCACCCUGGCAACCCCCAUGCCCUGGUGACUGCAACCGGCCUUGGACCCUGCCCCCGCCCCCCCAGCGCCUUCCUGGAAACCAGGACAUUGACCUGGUAACCACCCCCAAAAUCUCUAUGGCAACCUGACCCCCCCACAACAACCACCUCUCGGUCUUCCCAGCAACCAACUCCCUCGCAACCAACCCGCGGGGAGGGUCCAUAGCAACCAGACCCCUCCAUCGCCCAGCUCUAAGUCCCCAUGGCAACCUCCCCUAGCAACCAGCUCUCCUUCCCAUAGUAACCAGGAGAGGAUUACAGUGCCCCUGGUCUGGGAGGUCAGUACCCCCGGUUGCCAUAGGGAUGGGGGUCACUGGCCCCAGGGGUGAGUGGGCCAAGGGGCAUGAACCCACCACAGGCCCCCUGGGCCCGCCCUGUCCCGCCCCUCGGCUAUAACUGCCCCCUCCCAGCACAGGGGGGCAUCUCCCAGCCAUGCUGCCUCUGCUGCUGCUCCUGCUUGCAGGCCCCGGGGGAGCCUGGGGGGGCCGGGACCCCAACAGCGUCCUGGAGGUGGAGAACGGGGGACCCUGGGGGGACUGGGGGCACAAGGAGUUCUGCCCCCGGGGCACCUAUGCCAGCGCCUUCGCCCUCAAGGUGCAGCCCCACCAGGGCUGGAGUCACUUCGGCGACGACACGGGGCUCAACGGCGUCCGAUUGAUCUGCACUGACGGCAGCAGCAUCCAGUCCAGCGAGGGCAAGUGGGGCUUGUGGCAGUCGCCCCGUGGCUGCGGUGGGGGGACUUUGGUGCAGUUUCGGCUCCGGGCCGAGCCCCCCCGCGGCCCCUUCCGUGACGACGAGGCGGCCACAGACGUGUCCAUGCUCUGCUCCAACGGGCGGGAGGUCGCAGGCGAGGGCAGCACAAGCGGGGACUGGGGCAACUGGAGCCGGCCCUGCGCCUUUGGGGCUGUGUGUGGGCUGCAGACACGCGUGGAGCUGCCAGGGGGGCCUGGCCAGGAUGACACCGGCCUCAACGACCUGCGCCUCUUCUGCUGCAACUGACCCACGCGAGACCGCUCGCCAUAUGGCGCACCUGCACCAGCCCCACACGAUAUUGUCACCCAUGAGAAAUCUGCCCCACAUCCCCACCGGUGCCCCUCACUCCCGACCCGCAGCCCAAUGCCCCCAAAUGCAUGCAAAGUUUCACA